GAGGAAGAGGUGGCGCGGAGCCCGCGGGAGGACGCGGAGCCCCGCGAGAAAAUCUUCUCGGUCCCAGGCAACCGCUGCUGCCCCUUUGAUGUUUUGGUACGCCUUGCGCAUGCGCCUCACAUUAGAAUUACUGCACUGGGCAGACUAAGUUGGAUCUCCUCUCUCCAGUGAAACCCUCAAUCCCGUCCAAAACUAAAGGGAUGUGGAGAGUCCGGAAAAAGGGCUACUUUGGGAUCUGGCCGUUCCCCUUAAUAAUCGCCGCUGUCUGUGCGCAGAGUGUCAAUGACCCUAGUAAUAUGUCGCUGGUUAAAGAGACGGUGGACAGACUCCUGAAAGGCUAUGAUAUUCGGCUGAGACCAGAUUUUGGAGGUCCCCCUGUGGCUGUGGGAAUGAACAUUGACAUCGCCAGCAUCGAUAUGGUUUCUGAAGUCAAUAUGGAUUAUACCUUGACAAUGUACUUUCAGCAAGCUUGGAGAGAUAAGAGGCUAUCCUAUAAUGUAAUACCUUUAAACUUGACUCUGGACAAUAGAGUGGCAGACCAGCUCUGGGUGCCCGAUACUUACUUCCUGAACGAUAAGAAGUCGUUUGUGCAUGGAGUGACUGUCAAGAACCGCAUGAUCCGCCUGCAUCCAGAUGGGACGGUCCUUUAUGGCCUCAGAAUCACAACCACAGCUGCCUGCAUGAUGGACCUGAGGCGGUACCCACUGGAUGAACAAAACUGCACCUUGGAAAUUGAAAGCUAUGGAUAUACAACUGAUGACAUUGAGUUUUACUGGCGUGGGGAUGAUAAUGCAGUAACAGGAGUAACCAAGAUUGAACUUCCACAGUUCUCUAUUGUAGAUUAUAAACUUAUCACCAAGAAGGUUGUUUUUUCCACAGGUUCCUAUCCCAGGUUGUCCCUCAGCUUUAAGCUUAAGAGAAACAUUGGUUACUUUAUCCUGCAAACAUACAUGCCAUCUAUCUUGAUCACUAUCCUCUCCUGGGUCUCCUUCUGGAUUAAUUACGAUGCUUCAGCUGCAAGAGUGGCAUUAGGAAUUACAACUGUGCUAACAAUGACCACUAUCAAUACCCACCUCCGGGAAACUCUCCCUAAAAUCCCUUAUGUGAAGGCCAUUGACAUGUACCUGAUGGGGUGCUUUGUCUUUGUUUUCAUGGCCCUUCUGGAAUAUGCUUUGGUCAACUACAUCUUUUUUGGGAGGGGACCUCAACGCCAAAAGAAAGCAGCUGAAAAGGCUGCCAGUGCCAACAAUGAGAAGAUGCGUCUGGAUGUCAACAAGAUGGACCCCCAUGAGAACAUAUUACUGAGCACUCUUGAGAUAAAAAAUGAAAUGGCCACUUCCGAGGCUGUGCUGGGACUUGGAGACCCCAGGAGCACAAUGCUGGCCUGCGAUGCCUCCAGCAUCCAGUAUCGGAAAGCCGGGUUACCCAGGCAUAGUUUUGGCCGAAAUGCCCUGGAACGGCACGUGGCACAGAAGAAAAGCCGCCUGCGGAGACGCGCCUCCCAACUGAAAAUCACCAUCCCCGACUUGACUGAUGUGAAUGCCAUAGAUCGGUGGUCCCGCAUAUUCUUCCCAGUGGUUUUUUCCUUCUUCAACAUCGUCUAUUGGCUUUACUAUGUGAACUAAAACAUAGCCUCCCAUGGGAAGCAAGGACUAGAUUCCUCCUCAAACCAGUUGUACAGCCUGAUGUAGAACUUGGAAAACACAUCACUCCAGGACAAAAGUGAUGCUAAAAUACCUUAGUUGCUGGCCUAUCCUGUGGUCCAUUUCAUACCAUUUGGGUUGCUUCUGCUAAGUCAUGAAUACACUAAGGUCCCUGUGGUUUUCCAGUUAAAAUGCAAGU